AAAAGGCAACGAGAUGCUCUGCAUCGUGAUGGGCGACAUGCAUUAUCAGACUGUAAUAAAAAGUUAAAAACUGGGAUCAGUUGUCUCCAUAGAUCGUUUUGCACUCAACUGCAUUAUCAGCGUGCAUAAAAUGGCAGUGAUGACAACCCAAACAGCAUCAAGAUGUUGCUUUCAUCUCCCAUUUUCAUUCUACAACAAAUCAAACAUCAAUAUUUUCUUUGUCCUUCAAAAUGCGGGUUUUUGCACGCUCUCUCCUAAAACACCACCUUUACUGUUUUUAUUAUCAUUUCAGUUUAGCUCUAUGCAGAUUUUGGAAGUGUAUGUAAAAUUUCUCAGGAGAUUGUUAGAGAAUUGAAGUGGCAUUUAAGAUGGAAAUUUGUCAAAAAAUUAUUCCUUUCGGUUUUUGUGAAAGGUGGCAAAUGUUGACCAGAGAUCUUAAGUUUUCGUCGACGAUUGUGUUACCUUUGUAUAUGCUAUUAUUUUGUUUACCGGACAGGGUUGCCUCUCGCUCAAAGGAGAGCUUUAUAAGUGGAAAACAAAAUGUGACCAUUUUGACUUCAAAUGCAUUUGAACUCAAACAAAUCCUGCCUGCGCUGCCCACUGUGCCUGCAUCUGAUGACGGCAGUAGCAUGGAUUCCAGUAUUUCUAUGAUUUUGGCUGAGCAUCGAACUAGGAGGCCUGAUAUUUUGUACAAAUUCAGGCAGUAUAAAGGUGGAUGGAACAUUACCAACAAACACUACUGGGCUUCUGUUGGUUUUACUGGUGUUCCUGGGCUUAUUCUUGCUGUUCUGUGGUUUACUGCAUUUGGCUUGGCCUUUUUUGUGCAUUAUUGCUGCAGUCAAAUAAUUAAAGGCGAACAACAAUACUUACAGAUCUUAAAUGGAAUUUCACUUCUACUGAUAAUUCUUUUCACAUGUGCUUCAGUAGUGGGAUGCAUAUUGCUUUCCUUGGGGCAGGAUAAGUUUCAUCAUGAGAUGUCUCAUUCCAUUGAUUUUGUAGUUAAACAGUCAGAUUUCACAGUUGAGAAGCUUAGGAAUGUCAAAGGGUACCUAGCAGAUGCAAAGAUUAUGAAUGUAUCUCAGAUUUUUAUCCCAGAAGAUGAGCAACAGCAGAUAUCUGAGUUGAAUGAAAAAUUGUUAAUGGUAACAGCUGAGUUUGAGGAAAAAAUAACACACGAUGCUGACAAAUUAAAGCGAUCCCUUAAUGCUCUCCAAGAUGCCUUAGUUGUGGUAACUGGUGCGAUGCUACUCCUAGUCAUUAUUGGUCUACCUUUGGCUGCUCUUGGUUUCAGGAACAUUAUUUGCACAUUGAUUUUUAUUGGAUGGUUACUUGCAGCAGUCACAUUCAUUCUUUGUGGGGCAUUCAUUGUACUUAACAAUGCUAUUGCUGAUACCUGUGUGGCCAUGGAAGAAUGGGCGGUCAAUCCCACUGCAUAUACUAAUAUUGAUCACAUUCUUUCUUGCGUAAAUCAAUCCAUAACAAAUCAAACAUUGUAUAGAAGCAAACAAGUCACCAACGACUUGUUGAAUAUUGUUAACCAAGUGAUAGGUAAUGUUGCAAAUGCAGAUGUACCACCAAACAAUCCUGCUUAUUACAACCAAUCUGGUCCACAAUUACCUGAGCUCUGUAGACCAUUUCAUUUGAUACACAAUAAGCAGCAGUGUGUAGCAAAUUUCACGAGUGCAUCUCAGGUCUGGAAAAAUUAUAUUUGCACUAUUUCCAAUGGUGUUUGUAUUACACCUGGUAGAUUAACACCAGAUCUAUAUGCACAACUAGUGGCAGCAGUCAAUGUUAGUUAUGGACUGAAACAUUUCACUCCAUUUCUUUUAGACCUAAUUGACUGCAAGUUUGUGCAUGAGAUGUUCACAGUAAUUGUUCAUUUCUAUUGUCCUCAUCUUCAGCUACAUACUAAGUGGGUAUACAUUGGGCUGGCACUUAUAUCAGUUGGUGUGAUCCUCUCCUUGAUAUUCUGGAUUAUUUACAUACAACAGAUGCAUCACAAUGGCCAAUAUUUAAUGCCUUGUGAAAAUAAAUCAAUAAGAAACCAUCUAUAGAAAUUGAAAGCAGAGCUAAGCCAGGCAAGUAAAUGUGAACAAUGAAUAAUCCCAAAUUCCAUGUUUAGAAGUUCUAAUCGUUUUUGUAUAUAAUCGCCUCUCUCAUAGGGAUUGUGAUAGGCUCUCGUUUAGAGUGGUAUACUACUAGAAUCUUAUGGACUAUUCCAUGAUGCCCAAUUUUGUAUUAUAUUUUAAAAAUAUGUGAUCCAUUAUUGAUUUAGAGAGUCCAAAGAAUGAUUUACUAAGA